AUGGCGGCGUUGCGGUAUGCCGCACGGUUUGUGAAUCGUAACCCACGGAACCUUGAAAUGAUGGGUUUCCAGAAACCACCAACAGGCUACGAAUUCGAAGUGGAUCGAGACAGUAGGCACUUCAUUUACAAGGUAGAACUUGUACAAACGAAAUCUCAUCAAGAGGCCCGUUUGGUGCACUACAGAAAUGGCGUUGUCAUUGAAGCGUCUACAAAAGAGAAGGCGAUUUCCGACCAACUCUAUAGCAAUACGGAUACGUGUGCGUCAAUGAAUCUUGCCCGUAUCUUAGCUACUCGUUGCCUGCAAGCUGGAAUUCAUUUUGCAAUACCUGGUGCUACUGAGGAACAGAUUGAGAUUAGCCAGCAUCAGAAAGAAUUCUUCAAAACACUGAAAGACGAAGGAUUGCAACUGAGUGAACCGGCUACAUUCGAGCAGACAUAUGAGACAGACCGACGAAUGACUUGGGAACGUUAUCCACUCAUGGCCACACGGCAGGAUAAAUUAGAUGAGUUAUAG